AUGGCUGCGGCUUUGUGGACUUUGGCUUUCCACAUUGAUCCGACCUUCCGUAGCGAACGUAUCGUACGCGCUUUAACUCAUCCGGGAGCAGAGACCGCUCGCAGGGUUGCGUGGCUUGUUUAUUGGUGGUUUCAGGGCUUGACCUUCACGGGCGUUUGGGUCGUCGGCCACGAGUGCGGCCAUGGAGCAUUUUCUCCGAAUAGGCGUAUCUGCGACAUUAUCGGAUUCAUUACGCACACGCUGCUUUGGACGCCUUAUUUUAGCUGGCAAAUAUCUCACCAUCGCCACCACCGCAACCAUGCAUCUAUGGAGCGCGACGAGGUUUAUGUCCCCAAGACUCGCAGCGACCUUGGGAUUCCCAAGGAGGGACAUGGGGCAAUUGACUAUGAAGAGUACUUGGGUGACACGCCCAUCUACACGUUAUUUAUGCUAUUACGCCAGCAGAUAUUUGCAUUUCCGGCUUAUCUUCUGUUUAACGUGUCGGGACAAAAGGGAUACCCAAAAUGGACUAAUCAUUUCGAUCGUAAGGCAUCUUUCUUCGGGUCUGCGGGCGUCUUGACAUCACAAUUUGCAGCCGAUUCCAUCCUCUUUACCAAAAGACAACGCAACGUGGUCCUCAUAUCCAAUGCAGGUAUCAUGGCUAUGCUCUGGAUUGUCUCUCAGUCCGUCCAGAGAUGGGGCGCACUUACCGUGAUCAAGUUCUAUGGAAUACCUUGGCUGCUUGUCAGCCACUGGUUCAUCAUGAUUACAUACCUUCACCACACGGAUACAGAGCUUCCGCAUUAUCGCAAUGCUCAGUGGAACUUCCAGCGCGGUGCAGCGGCAACUGUCGAUCGUGACUUCUUGGGAUGGCAAGGCCGCUUCUUCCUCCACGAUGUUGCCCAUUUUCAUGUGAUACAUCACUUCUUCCCCAUGAUGCCUUUCUACAAUGGACCUGAGGCCACGAAGUACUUGAAGGAGUUCAUUGGGGAGCAUUACCGGCUUUCAAACAAACCAGUGUUCAAGGCACUCUGGGAUACAUACAAUGAAUGCCAAUUUGUUGAAGAUGAGGGUGACAUCGUCUUUUACCGCAACCGCAAGGGCCAGGCCAAGAUCAGACCGGCAGCUCCAUACAGACGCUCCUCAGCCGUGGAAGACCUCCCACAACAUUGA